UAAGAAUCAGCUUCAAUCAAGUAGACUAAAAUAGUGAUAGUCCAACUCUUCUAUAGUCAAUUAUUUUUAAUGAGAAAAUUGUUAUUGUUUUCAUUUUAUAUAAAAAUCAAUAUUCAAAGAGAUGUGAACAACAUCAAUCAUGCUUUUAGAAGCGUAAUUAUGAAAACGUACAUGCUUGCAGGGUUAACAAUUAUUCUUCAAAGUAUAACUUUUAUCUAUGAAGUUCGUGUUUUUGCAAUUUUCCGAGCUGGAUUCACUGUGAUAAGCUGUUUACUUGGAACUUACAUUUAUCAUGGAGCAGCAGACGACUUAUAUAUGAUGAGUCAAUCUAUAGCAGUUAUUCUAUGCAGUUUAGAGUGGAAUGACGAAUUAAUGAAGAUGCGAAGAACUCUGCUAAUCAUGAUAUGUCGAGCUCAAAAACCUCUAGUUAUUUCUCUUCUUGAUGGAUUGAUGCUAGCUUUAACACGAAAAAUUUAUGCAUCUUUCUUAUCAUACCUUAUUUCAUACAUAAUGACAUUGCGAGCUAUUGUCAGCUCUCAUUGAUACAUGUCGUAUGUGAAAUUAAAAACUUUUUAUAAGUAAUUUAAGAGCUUAAAUACAAAAUACUGGGAAACAGAGGAAAUAAAUCUGUUGAAUAAAAAAA